ACGGAACCACAGCCAUUUCUCCACUAUGGUGACUGCGGGACGUUUUGCAUAUAUUUCGCACUCUAAACCUGGAGCUAUUUACCUCGCCUAAAUGCUUUGGCGUGAAGGUGUACGAGCCUAGUUUAGACGAGUGCCACCACUAGUUUCUUUCUAGUUCACUUUUGAGGGAGUUCUCUAGUAAGAGAUUGUAUUAUUAGGUACGCUUUAUUUAUUUUUUAUUUUUGGAAAUGACGGCACAGGUAGACUACCUGGCGGUGUUGUUCGCGAACACAUCUGGCACCAGCGGAGAUCUGCUGGGAUCGGACGAAAAGGAGCUCGGUCAACUAGUGUGGCAGCUGGUGGACUUAAAGAACAAAACGUUGGGCAGGGUGAAUGAGCUCCUGAUCAAGCAGGAGCUCUGCGACCUGACAGAAAAACAAGAGGAGGCGGAGGAAGAUAAUGGAUCCCUCACUGAUUCUGUCUCAACUGCCGCAAACCUGGAGAGUGCAUUAAAUCAGUUUCACCUAACACUCACCAAUGAGGUGAACAGCAUAGGGGCAGGCACCUCGGUGUGUUUGUGUACUGACGGACAGCUCCACAUUCGGCAAGUCAUUCACCCCCAGGCAGCAGGCAAGAACCUCCUGGUGCCAGAGUGUUUCUUCUCAUUCUUUGACCUGCGGAAGGAGUUCAGAAAGCACUUCCCUGCGUCUGACCUCAAGGCCGUAGAUGUGCACUUCAUGGCUGAAUCUCUAAACUUACCUGUGGAUGAACUGACGGUGUUGGACUCGUCGGAGGUGUUACCCCGAGAAGCGGCUGUGCAGAACGUGAAGGCCAUGGCCAGCAUCGCCCUGGCCCUGCUCCCUGAACCCCUCUCACACACAUUUCUGUACCCAGAGAGAGUCAAUGAGAAGUUUGAAACGGGCACAUGCAGUAAGAUGGAGAAGGUGUGCGAUAACUCUGUGAUCAGAGCCAGAGGCCUGCCCUGGCAGUCCUCAGACCAGGACAUCGCUCGCUUCUUCAGAGGACUCAACAUUGCCAAAGGUGGUGCGGCGUUGUGCCUUAACGCUCAGGGAAGGAGGAACGGAGAAGCUCUGGUGCGCUUCAUCAAUGAAGAGCACAGAGAUCUGGCUCUGCAGAGACACAAGCACCACAUGGGGAACCGCUACAUUGAGGUUUACAAGGCAACAGGAGAGGACUUCCUGAAGAUAGCAGGAGGUACCUCCAACGAGGUGGCCCUGUUCCUGUCCCGAGAGGACCAGGUCAUCGUUAGGAUGCGGGGGCUCCCCUUCACCGCCACGCAGGAGCAGGUGCUGGCCUUCUUCGGCCAGGGGGAGGGGCCCACCGAGGUGUGUGACGUGAGCGGGGGCGGCGACGGCAUUCUGUUUGUGCGCUACCCAGACGGGCGCCCCACCGGGGACGCCUUCGUCCUGUUCUCCUGCGAGGAGCACGCUCAGAGCGCCCUGAAGAAGCACAAGGAGAUCCUGGGGAAGAGAUACAUCGAGCUGUUCAAGAGCACGGCCGCGGAGGUGCAGCAGGUGUUGAACCGGUACUCCUCAGCCCCCCUCAUCUCUGUGGCCCCUGCUCCCCUGGUGUCCAUGCUGCCCACCGUUUCUCUCCUGCCCUCUCCUGGCGGUGUGCGAGACUGCCUGAGACUCCGAGGGCUGCCGUACACCGCCACCAUUGAGGACAUCCUCACCUUCCUGGGCGAGUUCACCAGAGACAUCAGGCCCCACGGAGUGCACAUGGUGCUGAACCAACAGGGCCGCCCGUCAGGGGACUGCUUCAUCCAGAUCUCCUCCCCAGAGAGGGCCUUCAUGGCCUCCCAGCGGCUGCACAAGCAGAUGAUGUCGGGGCCCCGGGGGGUCAACUGCCGCUACGUGGAGGUGUUCCCCUGCAGCGCCGAGGAGAUGGGCCUGGUGCUGAUGGGGGGCACACUGUCGCACACACCCACACACACACACAGCCGGAGUAGGAGUGGGACAGGGCUCAGCCCGCCGCCAUGUAAGUCCAGACGUCUGUCUCCUCCCACCUACUCCUUCGCCGGCGCCCCCCCGGUCAUGUCUGCGGAGGCCGCCGCUGCCCUCUACCCUCCCAUUGGCCAGAUGAUGCUCGCCCCCCGCACAAUGGCCCCCGGGCACCCUUACUACCCUGCGUCCACUCAGGUGUACAUGAACUACGCAGCAUACUAUCCCAGUCCUCCUGGUUCUCCCAACACUCUGGGCUACUAUCCCUCCCCCUCACACCUCCCCACCCCCCCUCACCUGCCCUCCCCCGGGGGCCUGGUGCGCAUGCCUGGCCUGACCUUUAACGGUGUCAAAGAUCUCAUCAGUGCCGUGCAAGGAUACCAGUACGCCUCAGACGAUGGACUCGCGAUGCACGCUCACGGCCUCAUGCACACCCAUGACCCCGCCAGGACUUUGCUUACGCAGUCCAAAGAAUGGAGUCUCCUGGAGGCGGUUCCUCACCUGAGCAGCAGUCUGAUUGGUCAGUCCGGCGUAGGGGACCUCUCUCUCAUGCCCCUUCCGCCUCUGAUGACCAACGCGGGGGGGCAGUACUUGGACCUGGCCCUGCUGUAGGGUCACACACACACACACUUCCACGGGCGCAUACACACUUAUCGGAAUAUCAAGCUGUACGUGGAAGACCUGUGCAUCGCUAGCUUUUAUAAUAGAGCCUUUUUUGUUUUGUUUUUUUAUUUAUGUUUAAAAAUAGAAAUUAAUGUAUUUUAUACCAAAUCACCAUGAACUUAGCCAAAAUAUCGUCUUUCUUUGUUUCACAUUGUACAACAUGUAUUUUUAGAAGCCUUAUCGAGAUAUAACUUGUUGAUAAAAUAUAAUCACUAAGAUAUAUUUAAAGGUGUAGUGUGUAGAGUUUCGUAGCGUCUAGCGGAAUGGACUUGGCAGAAAUGGAAUAUGUAUGUGAGUACGUUUAAACUUGUGUAAUCACAUGGAAAUGAACAUCCUUCUUUUUUGUUACCUCAAAAAGGAACAUUUAUAUCAAAGGGAGAUAAUUGUUUAUCAUCAUCACUCUCUUACCUGUAGGUUGCGACCUAUGCAUGCAGACAUUUUUACAGACUAAAUAACAAAAUACAAAUUAUAAAUCGAUCAAGGAAGCUCAUAACUUGCCCCUUAGUUACUCGAUGCUGUCGUAGACGGUAUAAUUUUGGAGGUUCCUUCUUACAGGCCAUUACAGGCCACUGUAGCUUCUCCUAGGUCGUUUGAAAGGGAGGGGAGGGGCCAGUAUUCAGUUAGUUCUUAUCUGCAAACUCCGCGCUAGAAGCCACAAAAUCCUACACACUCCGCCGUGAAUAUCUUGUUCUCAAUAUAAGUAGAAAAGUUACAUAGUAGCAAAAUAAGAUUUUCCUCCUGUGCUUUUUUGUGAACCAAAGUGUGCAUGAGUGUGAGAGAAAAGUAUUAUGUGUGGCUGCUUUAAUGGAUUUUAAUAACCUGUUUGUAUCAUGCCUUUUUCAUUUUUUUUUAUAUACAUUUGAUAUAAUACCUUAAAGAUUGUAUCGGAAACGUUAGUGCAUGAAGAAGUUAGUAGUACUACUAUGAGAUUGUUUACAUAUGGCCAACUACAAAUGCACUGCUUAUACUUAUCAUGAACACACAAACAAUAUCUUCCCACUCCAACACCAUCUCCUAGUUUUUUUAUGUGUGUAUUCAAACGUGUGCCUUUUGUGUUUUUGUGACACACCUCAACCCAUGCCUAUCCCAGUUGCUGGAAAUCCAACAAUGGGCUUGAACGCUUCCUUUCGGCUUGUUUCUCCACAUUUCUGGUUACUGGAUGAACCUCCACGGGUGUGUCUAGUAAACGCUAUCACACACCUUCACUCUGCUCCUAGACGACGCCAAAGAUGCAGUUCGUUCCUUAAAGCCUUCCCCUUGCCGCAUUUUUCAUUUUUUCAACAAGAAAACGGUACAGGUUCUGCCAGUCAAACCACCUCCCUACAAACCACGGGCCAAUUAGGAGGUGGCUCACAAGAGAGCUGAUAAGUAGAGGAACUAAACAACGCUGUUGACAUUCCUGUUGUGAAUUUGAGUCUGCGUUUGGCCCCCAGGGGAAGGCCCCUGUAUGUAUGGGGCCACUAUUGCUGUUCUCCUGCCCUGGGAGAACCAUGAUGUCAUUGUGAAGCGUUGUAUCCAUGCCCUACUCAUCAGCAUCCAGCUCAGGAUUACAGCCGGCGACAGUGCUUAAAUGAAAAAUAAACGUUACAUGUGAAGUUAA